GGUGGCAACACCAAAGUGACCACAACACGCUCUCGAAACACACGUGCAGAUGUGUUUUUAUUGAGAAUAUAAUUUAAGCUAGCAAAAUGAAGACAAAAUCAGGUACUGCGAAAGGCAAUUACUAUGUGCACAAUGUGCGCUUCUACACAAUCAAACCGCGCGGCAUUAUGGCGCUGGCCUACAGCAAAGAGAUUAAAUGUCUGGCGAUCAGCCGUGAGGAGGGAUCGAUUGAGCUGUGGGACAUGCGCUUUGCACCCUAUUUGGACCGCGUAAUAACCUUGACACCUGACUCGGAAGUCGAAGCCUUGGCCUGGGCAGGCGAUCGACUCUUCUCCGUGGACUUGGCGGGCAAGCUGAUUGAAUGGGAUUUGACUUUGUUGCAGCCACGCAUCGAACAGUCGCCCACUGGGAAUGCACUGUGGUGCCUGGACGUGAACAGCGCACUAACCGAGCUGGCUGUGGGCUCCGAGGAGGGACACAUUAAUAUUAUGAGCAUUGAGAAUAAUGAGAUCAACUACAAGCAGCUGUUCAACAAACAGGAAGGACGCGUGCUCUGCUGCAAGUUCGACAAACCGGGCAAGCGUCUAGUCACCGGCUCACUGGGUGCCGUGCGCAUCUGGAACGUGGCCAAAGGCACCACGUUGCACACAAUGACGCUGAACAAUAAAACAACUGUUGUUCAUUCGCUGCUGGUGCUGAGCAAUAAUACGAUCAUUGCUGGUGACUCCGAUGGCUAUGUGACGGUGUGGAAUGGCGCCAAUGCUACGCAAGUGGAGAGCAACAAGGUGAUGGAGGAGAAUGUGUUCACAUUGUCCAUCAACGAGACCGAGGAUCGUUUGGUUUGCAGCGGUCGAAAGCCGCCGGAUGUCUUGGUGUUCAGCAAGACGCUGAUUAAGCGUGAAGAGUCGGUCAGCGAACGUUGGAUCAAGUGCCUGAAGUACGAUGUGCAUAAACACUAUGUCAAGCAGCUGCUCGUUGUGGGCGACAACAUUAUAUCCGGAGGUGAGGAUGGCCUGCUCGUCAUUGCCUCCAUUACCGACAAGACAAUACCCUUCGAUCAGUAUGCACCAUUUCUGCCCGGUACCAUCGCCACUGGAUCACCCAGUGCUCAUCUGCUGCUGUUGCGUUACCCGCACAGCCUGCACUUGUGGAGUUUGGGCCAAACGCGUUCCAAUGCACCCAACCACAAGACGGUGGGCAAAAUACAAACGCUGCAGAUGUUCGAUACUCCGGACAAGCUGCUCGAAUUGAAUGUGAGCAACAACAAGAUGAUACAGGCUGCGGCCUUAUCUCCAGAUGGCCAAUGGAUUUGCUAUUCCACCCAGUAUGAACUCCGCCUGAGUCGCGUGCAAUUGGAACCCUUGGCGCUGGAACGUUUUACGGAGGAACUGCCCGCCGAACUUGAGGUGGCCACUCACAUUUUCUUCUCGCCAACGUCGAAGGAAAUGUUCCUCAUACACGCCGAGAGCCGACAGCUGCGUUGCUUUAAGCUGGAGGACAACCAGGUGGAUUUCUUGUACAGUGUCAAUCUGAGUGCGCAUGUCAAGUCGCCUAUACGUCUGGUGGAGAUGUCGCAUUGUGGCACAUACUUUGUGGUUGCCACCUCAGAUCGUUUAGUUGGCGUUUGGAAAAUGAACGGCAAGGAUUCGAAGCAUUUGCUGAAUUUGCCACGCUAUAAAGCGGGCACCUCAGCGCUCGCCCUGCAACAGGAUCAACCACGUCUGGUCGUUGCUUACGCCGAUGCUCGCAUUGUGGACUAUGAUCUGUCAGCGCGUCGCUUCGUCUGCGAGACAACGAACAGUUUUGUGCACGAUUCGCAGACGCAUUGCAUCAAGGGCUUGCUGUUGGAUCCACAGAAACCCAAGAUUGUGAUGGCCUACAACGAGAGCAACUUCUUCGUGCUCAAGGCGGGCGAAAGGCAGUCGAUCAGCCAGCAGGCAAAGCGAUCUAACUCUACAGUUGGCACCACAAAUCUGCUUGACUACGGAUUAGUUUCGAUGUUUUCACGCAAGCUGCUGAUCUUUGCAUCGCACUUUGGCAACAAGGAGUUGCUCACCGUUAGCAUACAACGUAAAAAUCUGUUGUCAUUGCUGCCUCCUCCAUAUGUGGCCAAGAAAUUCGGCAAGGCGUAGAUGGAUUAAUUUCGUAGUAGUUUCCUUUUAUACUUGUAAGCGAAUACUUUGUAAAUGUAACAACACAGAACUGUUUAAACACAAAA